GGUUGCUACGGGAACACCAGGAGUGUGCCUGACGACUGUCGUGAAGCAACGGGACUACUAGAGCUGUGGGGGGAGCUUAGGCCUUGUCUCCCCCUUUUUUCGGGCGCUGACUCCGCGCCACUCCCCCUCCCCCGCCGUAUCGCCAGAGGAGGCGGUGCUGCCGCUGUUUGCUAUGUAGGGGGCCUGGUGCGGGGGGAUCCGGAGGCCACUGUCCGCCUCUUGAGAGCCGGGGGGACCCCGACUGCCAGGCCGGGGGGUCCGGCGGGAUGUUCUCCAAGAAGGCGCACGGGGAUGUGCGGAAAUCCACGCAGAAGGUGUUGGACACCCGCAAGGACCCGCUCACCCGCCUCAAGCACCUGCGCGUCCUCAUCGAGAAUGCAGAGUCCAUUGAUCUUAAACAGUUUUUUGACCUACACUUUUCACCUAUAUAUUAUGUGUUCUUUGAAAAUUUUGUGACUAUUGAAGUAGGUCUCAAACAAAAAGGUCACAAGUCUCAGAGGGAAGAAUUAGAUGCUAUACUUUUUAUUUUUGAGAAAAUUUUACAACUUCUUCCAGAAAGGAUUCACCAAAGGUGGCAGUUUCAUAGUAUUGGCUUGAUUUUAAAGAAACUCCUUCACACCGGAAAUUCCUUAAAGAUCCGUCGAGAAGGUGUGCGUCUCUUCCUCUUGUGGUUGCAAGCACUUCAGAAUAACUGUAGUAAAGAACAGCUAUGUAUGUUUUCUUGCUUAAUUCCUGGAUUUUCAUCACCACAAUCUGAGUAUGGACCUCGGACACUAGAUAAUCUCAUUAACCCUCCACUUAAUGUUCAAGAAACGCAAGUGACUGUAGAGGAAAUUACUCCACUUGUCCCUCCACAAUCAGGAGAUAAAGGACAAGAAGAUCUUACAAGCUACUUUCUAGAAGCACUUUUGAAAUACAUGGUAAUUCAGGUCAAGAGUUUAGAAUGGAAGAACAAGGAAAACCAAGAAAAGGGAUUUUCAUUCUUGUUUUCUUAUUUUAAAAAAUAUUACUUGCCUUAUAUUUUUCCAAACAUCUGUAAGGAGACCAGUUUGUAUAACCCUGUACUUGAGAUACCACAAAUGAGACCAAAGCCGCACUAUGUAAUGGUAAAGAAAGAUGCUGAAACCAAUGAAGCGAUAUAUUGCACAAAGGAACCUUUCCUUAAGGCUCGUGUUAUUGUCAUUCGAUGGCUGGUGUCUUUCUGGCUUGAGCCAAAACCUCAUACAGGACCUCAUAUUCCUGGGAUGGAAGGUGGUGAAAUUGUGCCAAAGAAUAUUCAGAGAGCAGCUGCUAGCAUGGCUUCUAGAGAAGACAGUAAAAACGACAGUGCUGAUAGACCGGAUAGAAAUGCAGAGCCAGAACAAUCUCAUUCUAAUACAAGCACCCUAACAGAGAGAGAACCAAGUUCCUCCAGCCUUUGUAGUAUUGAUGAAGAGCAUCUAACUGAUAUUGAAAUAGUCCGCAAAGUCUUUUCUUCUAAAAGAAGUAAUGUAAACUUUCUUACAGAGAUAUUUCGACAGGCAUUUUUGUUGCCAAUUUGCGAAGCAGCUGCUAUGAGGAAAGUGGUGAAGGUUUACCAAGAAUGGAUCCAACAGGAAGAUAAGCCUUUAUUUAUGAAAGAACCUGAAGAAAUAUUGACAUCUGUAAAUAUAGAUAGUGAUGAAAAUGUUGCAGAACAUAAUUCAGCAGAGAAGGGAAAAGAGAGAGAUGAGGAAAAAAUGACAAACUCUGGUCAUGUUCAAAAUUCAAGUUGGACAAGAAAUGGCUGCCACCAAGAUGCUUCUCAUAAAAUAUCGGAAAUAGAUGUCGCUGAGCAAAAUAUACGAGCCGGAGUACAAUCAGUGUUACAGGUUUUUAUAAUAAACUCUUCAAAUAUAUUUCUUCUUGAGCCUUCAAAUGAAAUUAAAACUCUUUUGGAUGAGCACACUGAUAUGUGUAAACGCAUUCUUAAUAUCUACCGUCACAUGGUGGUGCAAGUAACAAUGGACAAGAAGACUUGGGAGCAGAUGUUACUUGUGCUGCUCAGGGUCACAGAAUCUGUGCUGAAGAUGCCAUCCCAGGCUUUCCUGCAGUAUCAAGGAAGAAAGAACUCCACUUUAGCAGGAAGACUUGCAGGACCUCUUUUUCAGACUCUUAUAGUAGCCUGGAUCAAAGCAAAUCUAAACGUGUACAUCUCUCGAGAGCUUUGGGAUGAUUUGCUGUCUGUAAUGUCAUCACUGACAUAUUGGGAAGAGCUGGCCACUGAGUGGUCACUGACUAUGGAGACGCUAACAAAAGUAUUAGCUAGAAACCUAUACAGCCUGGACCUCAGUGACUUACCACUGGAUAAAUUGAGUGAGCAGAAACAGAAAAAGCACAAAGGCAAAGGAGUUGGGCAUGAGUUCCAAAAAUCAUCGGUUGAUAAGUCCUUUUCUAGAGGUUGGAGCCGUGAUCAGCCUGGACAGGCACCAAUGAGACAGCGCAGUGCUACAACGACUGGAUCUCCAGGGACAGAAAAGGCAAGAAGCAUAGUACGGCAGAAAACAGUUGCCAUGAGAAGCCGAUCCAUUGGUGAAUGUGCUCUGCCAUCGGCCUAUAUACGCAGUGCUAAAAGUGCUCCUGUUCUGAUCCAUACUUCCAAACCCUUCUUGCCUGAUAUUGUUCUCACUCCCCUUUCUGAUGAGCUUUCAGAUAUUGAUGAUACUCAAAUUCUUCCACGUCCAUCUCGAGUCAGACAUUUUUCACAGAGCGAGGACACUCCAAGCGAAGUUUUUGGUGCACUGAAUGAGGAACAGCCACUGCCAAGAAGCAGCAGCACAUCUGACAUCCUGGAACCAUUCACAGUUGAACGAGCCAAAGGUGCAGUUCCUGUCAUUGACAGUUCAUCCCAUCAUGCGCCAAGUUUACAGAGUUCCACUGAGACCUCUUCAAUAUAUAGAUCCACUGAAAGUCAUAUUACUGAUACGAAUAGCAGAGAGUCCUCCUUGGAAGUUGGGGAUAGUAUUUAUGACCAUCUCUGUCAUUUGAUAGGGCCAGUAGAUCUUGCAAAUACAUCCUUUGAACAAAGCCAGUAUGUUGACCUUGAAGGUGAAGAUGAUCUUCUUUCCUCUCUGAGAGAAUAUCUUAAGGAAAAAGAAGAACCUUGCAGUCACUAUGAGAUAGAUAAAUUUGAGGCUUCUCCUCCUGAAGUCGAUACAACAGAAAAUAGAAAUGAUAGUUCACCACUGGAUGAAUUAGAGUAUAGAGAUCAGACUGUUAAAUAUGCAAGUAGCAACACUGUUGCCGAAAGAGCUGAACAUGUAGAACAAAACCAAAGUGGCUUUAUAAGUAAUAUUGCACCUACCCAGGUAGACAGUUUUACAAGAAAUCAAGCGAUCGAUAAAGCCAAACAAUUAAAUAUUGAUAAACAAAAUGAAAGUUUAUUUGAGCAUGGGUCAAGUAGCCCUGAUAACAAAGAAAGGAAGAGAUACCUGUACAGACAAACAGCCACUGAAGUUGAUGUAGAUGUAGCUGUGGAAGUAGCUUUAGCUGAAAAGCCUAGAAGUGCCCAGUUUAAUGAAAAAAUAACCUACCCACGUGUUAUGCAUGCAAAGAAAGUUCUACCUAAAGCACCAUUUAACCCUGAAAUGCCUCACGCUACAGGCAAACUUUUACCAACUAAAAGGAGUAUCUCUGAAACAGUAACCCAUAAGGCCAAAAUCAUGAAAAUAACUGCUAAGAAACGAAAUAGUGUUCAUGUUACUUUUAGACCAUCUACUGAGUCUGUUCAAUUUUAUAACCCUUUAGAAAACAAAGAGGCCCCCUGGAGGGCAAGACUUCGUAAACUCGGUGGCUUCAGUAGUGGUAGCGGUAGUGGCAACACAAGCACCAGCUCAUCUGCUGUCUUGGAGCUAGUCAGACCAGGAGUAUAUAGACCUCUAGAUGCAGCCAAUGCAGCUUCAGUUAGUAGUAAACAGACUAAGGAAUCCACAGAAGCUCAAACACCCAUUUUGCAGAAAGAAGGUAUUGCAGCUAAUCAGUUGCAUAAUCGUAGUGUACCUAGGUCAUCAGGUCAGGAGUCAGGACCACAGCAGGGCUCCCUGGGUGGUGUUUAUAAAACUGUUGUACAUGCUCUUUCGAAGCCGAAGGCAAAUGUUUCCCCACAGAGGCAGAACAGAAUACCAGCAGAGGCUCCACUGAGGGAUCUGUACAGUCAUGUAAUGGGCUAUUUUGGAAGGAAAGCUGCAGUCAAUAGAGAGGACAUGAGUCAAAAGCUGCACCCUCUUGCUAGCGAUAUUGGCAGUAGCAAUACAAAUGUUCCUGACCUCAUGGAUGAGUUUAUAGCUGAGAGACUCCGCAGUGGUAGUGCAUUGAAUGUGACAAGAAGAGGGAGCAGUCCUGGCAGCCUGGAAGUUCCAAAAGACCUUCCUGAUAUAUUGAACAAGCAGAGCCAAAUGCGCCCUAUAGAUGAUCCAGGUGUGCCUUCUGAAUGGACGUCUCCUGCCAGUGCAGGAAGCAGUGACCUGAUCAGUUCAGAUAGCCAUUCUGACUCAUUCAGUGCUUUCCAGUAUGAUGGCCACAAAUUUGAAAGUUUCAGUUUUGGCACUGAUGCUGGGACACCAGCUUCCACUGAGAUUGAUGCAAUUUCAGGACAUCAGCAGAGUGCCGAGGAACAGGAAGUGGCUAGUCUAACUACCCUCCACAUUGAUUCUGAAACAAGCAGUCUUAACCAGCAACCAUUGUCUGCUGAAGCUGCAACUAUUACUGGCUCUGAAAGUGCUUCUCCAAGCCAAUCUGCUCUUGGAUCCCGAUCACAGACACCUUCUCCUGCCACUUUGAAUGCAGAUCAUAUUGAGCAGAAGGAUCUGCAGCUGGAUGAGAAGCUCCACCACUCGGUUUUACAGACGCCAGAUGACCUAGAAACUAGUGAAUUCCCAUCAGAAUGUUGCAGUGUGAUGGCAGGGGGCACCCUUACAGGAUGGCAUGCGGAUGUUGCUACUGUAAUGUGGAGACGAAUGCUAGGGAUUUUGGGAGAUGUCAACACCAUUAUGGACCCUGAAAUUCAUGCGCAAGUUUUUGAUUACUUGUGUGAACUCUGGCAGAACCUGGCUAAGAUAAGAGAUAAUCUUGGUAUUUCAGCUGAUAACUUGACUUCACCCUCUCCACCAGUUUUAAUCCCACCACUGAGAAUUCUAACUCCGUGGCUUUUCAAGGCAACCAUGUUGACUGAUAAAUACAAACAAGGCAAGCUACAUGCUUAUAAGCUUAUUUGUAAUACAAUGAAGCGAAGACAAGAUGUUUCUCCAAAUAGGGAUUUUUUAACUCAUUUCUACAAUAUAAUGCACUGUGGACUUCUUCAUGUUGAUCAGGAUAUCGUUAAUACAAUCAUCAAGCACUGCUCUCCUCAAUUCUUUUCACUUGGUUUGCCUGGUGCUACCAUGCUUAUUAUGGAUUUCAUUAUAGCAGCUGGUAGAGUGGCUUCUUCCUCUUUUCUCAAUGCACCAAGAGUAGAAGCACAAGUUCUGUUGGGAUCUCUUGUCUGCUUUCCUAACUUAUAUUGUGAAUUGCCAGCUCUACACCCAAACACUCCUGACAUAGUUGUGUCUCAUUUCACAGAUAUUAAGGAACUCACAAUCAAAACUGUGUUAAGUUCUGCGAGAGAGGAGCCAUCUGGUCCUGCACGAUGUGUUGCUCUUUGCAGUCUUGGCAUUUGGAUCUGUGAGGAACUGGUUCAUGAAUCACAUCAUCCUCAGAUAAAGGAAGCCCUGAAUGUGAUUUGUGUCUCUUUGAAGUUUCCAAAUAAAACAGUUGCACAUGUUGCCUGCAAUAUGCUUAACAUGCUGAUUCAUUAUGUAUAUAGGCUUCAAAUAUACCAAGCUGAUUCACCUUUAAAAAUUAUUCAAAUCCUGAUAGCAACUGUUACUCAUCUUCUACCCAAUACAGAAGCUUCUUCUUAUGAACAGGACAAAAGGUGAAAACUCACAUGCAACAAGGCUUAAUCUCUGUUGCUGCUCGUACUGUGAUAACACAUCUGGUGAACCACUUAGGCCACUAUCCGAUGAGUGGAGGCCCUGCUAUGCUAACCAGUCAAGUUUGUGAGAACAAUGACAAUCCUUACAGUGAAAGUCCUGAGCUUUCUCCUGAACUUUUUGAGAGCCCAAACCUCCAGUUCUUUGUGUUAAACAACACUACUUUAGUCUCUUGUAUACAAAUCCAAGCAGAAGAGAAUAUGCCUGGAGGAGGAUUGUCUGCUGGACUUGCAUCUGCUAAUUCAAAUGUCAGAAUUAUAGUGCGUGAUCUGUCUGGUAAAUACUCAUGGGAUUCUGCCAUUUUGUAUGGACCAUCAUCUUUAUGUGGAUUAUCAGAACAUACUUUUUUGGCACUUUCUGUAUUUCAGCAAGAGAAACCUGAAGAUGCCCCAUCAUCUGAGCAUGUAGAGGAUGUAUCUGUAAGGGAUGGAAUUGCACUUCAGGUAAAAAGGAAAUUUAGAGAAACUGUGCCAACGUGGGAUACAAUUAGGGAAGAAGAAGAUGCUCUUGAUGAACUGUUACAUUAUUUAGGUGUCACUAGUCCUGAAUGCUUACAGAGAGCAGGCGUCUCACUGAACAUACCUGCUCCUCAACCUAUCUGCAUCUCUGAGAAACAGGAAAAUGAUGUCAUCAAUGCUAUCCUUAAACAACACACAGAAGAGAGAGAAUUUGUUGAAAAACACUUCAGUGACUUAAAUAUGAAGGCUGUGGAACAGGAUGAGCCAACUUCACAAAAGCCCCAAUCGGCAUUUUACUAUUGCAGAUUACUUCUCAGUAUAUUGGGAAUGAAUUCAUGGGAUAAAAGAAGGAGCUUUCAUCUCCUGAAAAAAAAUGAAAAGUUACUUCGAGAACUUAGAAAUUUGGACUCAAGACAAUGCCGAGAGACACACAAGAUUGCAGUAUUUUAUGUUGCUGAGGGACAAGAAGAUAAACACUCCAUCCUCACUAACACUGGAGGAAGCCAAGCCUAUGAAGAUUUUGUAGCAGGCCUUGGUUGGGAGGUGAAUCUCACAAACCAUUGUGGUUUUAUGGGAGGACUGCAAAAAAACAAAAGCACUGGAUUGACCACUCCAUAUUUUGCUACCUCUACAGUGGAAGUAAUGUUUCAUGUGUCAACAAGAAUGCCUUCUGAUUCAGAUGACUCUUUAACAAAAAAGCUAAGACAUUUAGGAAAUGACGAAGUGCACAUUAUCUGGUCAGAGCAUACUCGAGACUACAGGAGAGGAAUAAUUCCUACAGAAUUCGGUGAUGUUCUUAUUGUUAUCUAUCCAAUGAAAAAUCACAUGUUCAGUAUCCAGAUCAUGAAAAAACCAGAGGUUCCAUUCUUUGGUCCACUCUUCGAUGGCGCUAUUGUUAAUGGAAAAAUUCUUCCUAUUAUGGUUCGUGCAACAGCUAUAAAUGCAAGCCGAGCGCUGAAAUCACUGAUUCCAUUAUACCAAAAUUUCUAUGAAGAGAGAGCUCGAUAUCUGCAAACCAUUGUUCAACACCAUCUAGAGCCCACAACUUUUGAAGACUUUGCUGCUCAGGUUUUCUGUCCAGCACCCUAUCACCAUUUGCCCUCUGAUUCAGAUCAUUAAAUAUCAGUUCUGUUUAUCUGAAGUCGGCUCCUGCCCAGAGACCCAGCCAGGCGAAACUCCAGCAGCAGUGCAGGUGGAUGGGACCGAUUUAGCCUCUCCAAUGUCUCCUCGGACU